GAUAUCAGUAUUAGGAUGCAGCAGCAGAGACCUGGACCUGGACCUGAACCUGAACCUGGACCUGGACCUGGACCUGGACCUGGACCUGGACCUGGACCUGGAGAUGGAGAUGGACCUGGAGAUGGAGAUGGAGAUGGAGAUGGACCCAGCUGUGUGUCCAUGAAGAGUGACGGGUCUAUGGCGUCUCCUAUUUACUUUAAAGCUGGACAAAGUGCUGAUGAAAGAGUUCUGCAGGAGUUCUCAGAGGUUCCCAGUGAUCAGUCCGCCCCGAAGCAUCACACAGACCUGGACUCCAUAUUUAUCCUGCUGGAGGAGAACAUCGUGACUUUUGUGAAGAACGAGCUGAAGAAGAUCCAGAAGGCUCUGAGUUCAGAUUACCCAGAAGGCUUAGAGAGUCAGAGUGAGGAUGAGGAGGUGUUGGACGGUGAGGAUGAAGAGCAGAGGAGCAGCAGAGAGGCAGUUCUGAACAUCACCCUGCACUUCCUGAGGAGCAUGAAGCAGGAGGAGCUGGCUGAGCGUCUGCAGAGCAGAUCUCCUGCUGCAGUGUGCAGUAAACUCAAAUCCACCCUGAAGGAGAGGUUCCAGUGUGUGUUUGAGGGCAUUGCUAAAGCAGGAAACCAAACCCUUCUGAACCAGAUCUACACAGAGCUCUACAUCACAGAGGGGGGGUCUGCAGAGGUCAACAAGGAACAUGAGGUCAGACAGAUUGAAACAGCAUCCAGGAAACCACACAGACCAGAAACAACCAUCAGACAAGAAGACCUCUUUAAAGCCUCACCUGGAAGAGAUGCACCAAUCAGAGCAGUGAUGACAAAGGGCGUGGCUGGCAUUGGGAAAACAGUCUUAACACAGAAGUUCACUCUGGACUGGGCUGAAGGCAAAGCCAACCAGGACAUCCAGUUCAUAUUUCCAUUCACCUUCAGAGAGCUGAACGUGGUGAGAGAGAACAAGUACAGCUUGGUGGAACUUGUUCAUCACUUCUUCCCUGAAACUAGAGACGCAGGAAUCUGCAGGUUCGAUCAGUUCCCGGUCGUGUUCAUCUUUGACGGUCUGGAUGAGUGUCGACUUCCUCUGGACUUCCUCAACACUGAGAUCCUGACUGAUGUCACAGAGUCCACCUCAGUGGAUGUGCUGCUGACAAACCUCAUCAGGGGGAAGCUGCUUCCCUCUGCUCGCCUCUGGAUAACCACACGACCUGCAGCAGCCAAUCAGAUCCCUCCUGAGUGUGUGGACAUGGUGACAGAGGUCCGAGGGUUCACUGACCCACAGAAGGAGGUUUACUUCAGGAAGAGAUUCAGAGAUCAGGAGCAGGCCGGCACCAUCAUCGCCCACAUCAAGAGCUCACGAAGCCUCCACAUCAUGUGCCACAUCCCAGUCUUCUGCUGGAUCUCUGCUUCAGUUCUGGAGGAGGUGUUGAAAACCAGAGAGGGAGGAGAGCUGCCCAAGACCCUGACUGAGAUGUACAUCCACUUCCUGGUGGUUCAGUCCAAAGUGAAGAACAUCAAGUAUGAUGGAGGAGCUGAGACAGAUCCACACUGGAGUCCAAAGAGCACGGAGAUGAUGGAGUCUCUGGGGAAACUGGCUUUUGAGCAGCUGCAGAAAGGCAACCUGAUCUUCUAUGAUCACGACCUGACAGAGUGUGGCAUCGAUAUCAGAGCAGCCUCAGUGUACUCAGGAGUGUUCACACAGGUCUUUAGAGAGGAGAGAGGACUGUACCAGGACAAGGUGUUCUGCUUCGUCCAUCUGAGCGUUCAGGAGUUUCUGGCUGCUCUUCAUGUCCAUCUGACCUUCAUCAGCUCUGGAGUCAACCUGCUGUCAGAAGAACCAACAACCUCCCAGCAGUAUGAGGUCAAACCUGAACUCUCACAUCUCUACCAGAGUGCUGUGGACCAGGCCUUACAGAGUCCAAACGGACACCUGGACUUGUUCCUCCGCUUCCUCCUGGGUCUUUCACUGCAGACCAAUCAGAAGCUCCUAAGAGGCCUGCUCACACAGACAGGAAGUGACUCAGAGACUGAAGAGGAAACAGUCCAGUACAUCAAGAAGAAGAUAGAAGAGGCUCCCUCUCCAGAGAGAAGCAUCAACCUGUUCCACUGUCUGAAUGAACUGAAUGAUCGUUCUCUAGUGAAGCAGAUCCAACAGUACCUGAGUUCAGGAAGUCUCUCCACAGAGAAUCUCUCUCCUGCUCUGUGGUCAGCUCUGGUCGACCACAGCUCUGGUCUUCAUCUUACUUCAUCAGGAGAAGAUCUGGACGUGUUUGACCUGAAGAAAUACUCUGCUUCAGAGGAGGCUCUCCUGAGGCUGCUGCCAGUGGUCAAAGCCUCCAACAAAGCUCUACUGAGUGUCUGUAACCUCUCAGAGAGAAGCUGUGCAGCUCUGUCCUCAGUCCUCAGCUCCCAGUCCUCUAGUCUGAGAGAGCUGGACCUGAGUAACAACGACCUGCAGGAUUCAGGAGUGAAGCUGCUGUCUGCUGGACUGGAGAGUCCACACUGUGAACUGAAGACUCUCAGUCUGUCAGGCUGUCUGGUCACAGAGGAAGGCUGUGUUUCUCUGGCUUCAGCUCUGAGCUCCAACCCCUCCUCCCAUCUGAGAGAGCUGGACCUGAGCUACAAUCAUCCAGGAGACUCAGGAGAGAAGCUGCUGUCUGCUGGACGUGAAGAUCCACUCUGGAGACUGGAGACACUCAGGAUGGACCAUGGUGGACUGCAGUGGUUGAAACCUGGUCUGAGGAAGUAUGCCUGUGAACUGGAGCUGGACUCAAACACAGCUCACAGAGGACUCAAACUGUCUGAAGACAACAGGACGGUGACACGUUUGACGAGGGAGCAGCCAUAUCCUGAUCAUCCAGAGAGGUUUGAGAAAGAGCCUCAGCUGAUGUGUAGAGAAGCUCUGACUGGUCCCUGUUACUGGGAGGUCGAGUGGAGCGUAAGGGUUUAUAUAUCAGUGACUUACAGAGGAAUCAGCAGGAGAGGAGAGAGUAAGGACUGUGCGUUUGGAAGGAAUGAUCAGUCCUGGAGUCUGAACUGCUCUGAUGAUGGUCGUUACUAUGUCUGGCACAAUAACAGCGCAACAAGCAUCACCUCCUCCUCCUCCUCCUCCUCCUCCUCCUCCUCCCCCUCUGGUAGAGUAGCAGUGUAUCUGGAUCAUCCUGCUGGCUCUCUCUCCUUCUACAGAGUCUCCUCUGACACACUGAUCCACAUCCACACCUUCAGAACCACAUUCACUGAACCUCUCUAUGCUGGUUUUGCGUUCUCUUCCGAUGGUUCCUCAGUGUCUCUGGUUCCUCUGCAGGUCUGAGAGUCUCUCCUCAGUGUCUCUGGUUGCUCUGCAGGUCUGAGAGUCUCUGGUUCCUCUGCAGGUCUGAGAGUCUCUCCUCAGUGUCUCUGGUUGCUCUGCAGGUCUGAGAGUCUCUCUUCAGUGUCUCUGGUUCCUCUGCAGGUCUGAGAGUCUCUCCUCAGUGUCUCUGGGUCCUCUGCAGGUCUGAGAGUCUCUCCUCAGUGUCUCUGGUUUCUCUGCAGGUCUGAGAGUCUCUCCUCAGUGUCUCUGGUUCCUCUGCAGGUCUGAGAGUCUCUCCUCAGUGUCUCUGGUUCCUCUGCAGGUCUGAGAGUCUCUCCUCAGUGUCUCUGGUUCCUCUGCAGGUCUGAGAGUCUCUCCUCAGUGUCUCUGGUUCCUCUGCAGGUCUGAGAGUCUCUCCUCAGCGUCUCUGGUUCCUCUGCAGGUCUGAGAGUCUCUCCUCAGUGUCUCUGGUUCCUCUGCAGGUCUGAGAGUCUCUCCUCAGUGUCUCUGGUUCCUCUGCAGGUCUGAGAGUCUCUCCUCAGUGUCUCUGGUUCCUCUGCAGGUCUGAGAGUCUCUCCUCAGUGUCUCUGGUUCCUCUGCAGGUCUGAGAGUCUCUCCUCAGUGUCUCUGGUUCCUCUGCAGGUCUGAGAGUCUCUCAUCAGCAGUGGUUGCAUUAGACUUUUUCGUUGUCCGUCAUUUUGACGGAUAGGAUUGUAACAUUUCCGUCAUAAUCCAUUAUUAACCGUCAUUUUAUUUGUCAUGUUUUAAAACCUGUUAAGCCCCAAAGAACCCGCCGGUGGGGCUUUUUUUUUAUUUCAGCCAACUGAUGAUACAAACCAUUUUUACCGAAACAAAACACUAGUCUCACAAGAAGGGUCUAAAUGAGCCCUGAGCGAAAACAUGCUAACGCACUUAGCACAAAACUCUAGGUAUAAAUCGAUCGAUAUACUUCGGAUCCGCACAAACAAGCUUAGCUAACAAGGUGAGAUUCCACAGAUUAUAGAAAUAUAAGUGUCACCACUGAGCGAUCUGAACUCGUGACAGGGGAAGCAAAUACAGACAACACACAACGUAGCUUUAGGUAGCAAAACACGGAGAUAUGCUCACCUUAGCUGUUGUUCUGAUCAAAAGUCGUGUUCAAUGGCAUUAAAACGAGAAAAACGCGGCUGAAGGUUAAUCCAUAGGUUAAUCCAAUGUGUCUGUCACUUUGAAAAAAUUAUUGAUAAUCCAUAAUUCUAUUUUUAUGUAAAAAUUGGAGAAUUAAUAUUAGCUGCUAAUGGUAGUCACCAGAGUGUAUCGCAGCUUCAGGUUUUGGCUACGCGUCGCUCUCCCUCCUUAUUUGGUAACGUGUGUGUCCUCUUUUUUCACCUCGUUUAUCCACACCAUCACAAUUACUGGGCUUAUUAAAAAAGCUUCGGACACUCAGCUGCGGUGACAUUUUGCGAUUGCUAAAGCCGGUUAAACAACGAGGCAGGGGCGGUGCCAGGGAUAUAUAGCAACUCCAACAAUUGGCCUUGCAACGGCUUAGCAACCCCAUUGUUUUGUUAUGAAAAUGUAUCUAUAUAUAUUUAUACACAUUCUCCCUCAGUUGACCUGGCCACUAAGGAUGUAAUAUAAUGUGGGCCGCUGGUGGAUAUUAUAUUUAGCUGAUCCCACAUGUUUUAGAGAAAAGUGUAAUUUGUAUUCAAGGUAAAGGUGUGUUUCCUCUGAUCUCUUUAAUGAUAAUAAUGAAACAGCGUGCAGUGAUGAGCAGGUGCUCGGACGGCCUCAGGCGUGUCAAGUUUCUUUAGUUGACCCAUAUAAAUCCUCUAAAAUGUGCCGUUUCUCACUUCUCGAAAUGUCGACUCCUCGAUCCUCCGGUAGUGACCCGGAAAUUGAUGUCAGCGCGUCUAUGUCCAUCUUGAAGGACAUCUAAUUUCUCUAAAUGCACAUCGAGGGUCGAGCAUCGAGGAGUCUCUCUUGAGGAGCUAUAACAGAGGAUACACUGUGUUGAGAUCUUCAUAGUAUGUUGAAUACUUAAAACGAAAGUUAAUUAUAAUCAAGUAAAAUCAAUUAUAUUCUUGUAUAACUCACAAUGAAAAUGUUUCCUAUGUUAUGUUUUUCUAUAUUUACAGUAUGAACAAAGUGGUUUGUUAAGUUGAGUGUAAGGCCUAUAAUGAUUUAUGGGUGUCACUGAUAAGGGAGAAGGCAGUUUCUUCCCUCUCCUCUCACAGCAGUACACAGGGAGGGGGGCUCCGGACUUAAGGAGAAACACACUGAGGCCCCAAAAAGGCGGUUAUGUCAUAGCCGAGAAUAAUAUUUUGAAAGUCCUGCAGGGGUCAUGUCCUUUUUACACAAACAUGGAUAUGGAGGAGGUGUCUUUAGGUUUCUAUAUCCUGUUUUCGAGCACUGGCGGAUGGGGAGGAACUUACUUUUUGGGAGAGAGCGAGAGAGAGGGGGGGGGGGGUUCCCCUGGUAUGCUCUCUCUCGGUAAGCUCUGUCCCUCAGAGCUGGGUUUUUGCUCUCUGUAAGGUUCUCUCAAAACUUGGUAAAUAUCUCUCAAAUUUCUUGGUUGAAUGCUGAGUGAAUUUCUUUGUGAACUGAGUGGAAUUAUUUGAUGGGUGAUGUGUUUGUGAAUAUUAGUCCCGCCACCUGUGAGGAAUCUUCCUCCGAAUUCAUGCGGAUAGGAAUGGGUUUUUGAAUGUUAUUCCCACCACCUGUCUCGGAAAAAAGGUAUGAAAUUGAUGUGAAUUGAUUGGGUGAAA